UAAACUGUUCCUCCAUAAAUUCACCACUCAACCUUCAUCUCUCUUUCCUUUCUGCAAGGGAGAGAGAGAGAGAUUCAAUGGCGUGUCUCACAAUCCUCUUGGUGUUUCUGCUCUCAAUCUCCUCAGGAAAUAUGGUAUCUGCAACAGUGUUUACAAUGUUAAACAGAUGCACGUACACCAUCUGGCCAGGAAGUUUAACGGGGAAUGGCACGCCUCUUGGCAAUGGUGGAUUCAUGCUGGCAAGCGGCCAGUCCAUUGCGCUCAGUGCACCCUCUGGCUGGUCUGGCCGGUUCUGGGCUCGGACCGGCUGCAGCUUUGAUGCUUCUGGAAACGGGAAUUGCACCACCGGAGACUGUGGUCGCCUAGCUUGUGAUAAUAAUGGAGGUGCUCCGCCGGUGACGUUGGCUGAAUUCACAAUUGGUGGCGCCAAGGACUUUUAUGAUGUGAGUCUGGUGGAUGGGUACAACGUCGGUGUCGGCAUCCGAGCUGUUGGCGGCACUGGUGACUGCCAGUAUGCUGGGUGCGUGGCGGACCUGCGGGAUACUUGUCCGGCAGACCUGCAGGUCAGGGAGGCAGGACAGGUCGUGGCAUGUAAGAGUGCGUGUGCCGCAUUCAACUUGCCGGAGUAUUGUUGCACUGGAGAUCAUGCAUCUCCGACGACAUGUUCGCCGACGCAGUACUCCGUCAUGUUCAAGACUGCAUGCCCUAAGGCUUACAGUUAUGCCUAUGAUGAUGCAUCAAGUACAUGCACAUGCAGCGGAUCGGACUACAUGAUCACAUUUUGCCCCUAAGGUGUUUAGCUCCGGCCGAUUUUGUUUCGAUAGUGCUGAAUAUUGAUCAUCAUUGUUCGAAUUAUUUGUGAUUGUUUCUAUUCGUAGAGAUUAGUUGGUGAAAGCUUGUUGGUCUUGAGCUAUCUCUCUCUCUGUCAUGUUUGAUUAUUGUUCUUUUGAUUCGCUUUCGUGUAGUGAAAGCUUUCUGGCGUGGAUUAGUUGGAGAGUAGGUACCAUGCGGUUUGAGUUUUCUUGCUUAUCUACUGUAACUGAGACAUAAAAGAAAUAUGUAGUUGUAGAA